AUGCUUGCUGGGUCGGGCCACGAUCGCGAUCGCGACACACAAUCUUUCCCACAUAACACGCGCACGACUCACCUCAACUCGAUAUUAGCGCCCUACCAAUCGGUGGUCCCCGCAGAAAUGUCAAACGUCGCGGAAAAGGCCCGCUUCUUCCUCGAGCGGAGCGUGCCUCAGCUCCGGGAGUGGGAGGAAAAGGAAGUCUUCUCCAAGAAGCGAAGCGAUUUCGAAUACCGUAUCCUCGCCCAUGGCUGCCAGCCCACCGACUUCUCCCAGUACGCCAAGUGGGAGCAAUCGCUAGACGCCCUCCGCCUAAAACGGUGCAUUCGGCUCAAGCUCCGUGGCUAUCUCAACUCUGCCCACGCCAGUCAGUCCCGAAUUCUCCAAAUCUACGAGCGUGGUGUGGAAAGACACCGCUUCGCCCGCCCGCUAUGGAUCGAGUACCUCGACUACAUGGCCAAGGUGAAGGCGUCCAAGCGGUGGAGGAAGGUCAUGACUCAGAUGCUCAGGCUCAUGCCCUCCGAUACUGCUCUAUGGGUCCUCGCCGCGAGGAGGUCCGCCGGCCACGGGGAUAUGGCGACGGCCCGCAGCCUAUUCAUGCGGGGGUGCAAGUUCUGCGCCGACGACAGCGCGGUGUGGAUUGAGUACGCCAGAUGCGAAAUGGAGUGGUUGCAAAAGAUGGACGAGAAGAAGAAGAAGACGGGCAAGAAGUCCCAGGAUGUCAUCAAGGAAAGCCAGGUCGACGAGGAGGAUGAGCUCCGCCUUGGCCACAGUGACAGCGAGGAGGAGGAGGACAUCGACGAGGACGGCAGGAUUGCCCGUGACCCAGACGCCCUUGUCUCCAAGCCCAAGAAGGUCUUUACCGCAGAAACAAAGGAGACGCUCAACAACCCCGCCCUCAAUGGUGCGAUCCCGAUAGCCAUCUUCGAUGUCAGUCGCAAGCAGGCCUUCUUCUCGCCCGCGGUCGCGGAAUCCUUCUUCGACAUGUUUUCCACCUUCGUCACCACCGUCGUCGCCGGCCCCAAGAUUCUACAGAAUACGCUGGACGCCAUGCGGGACGCCUAUCCCGCCGCGCCCGAGACGAUAUAUUGCUACAUUCGGGAACCGAGCGUGGAUGCGACGAACGACAAGCAUGCCCUGCAGGCGAAGCUCGUCGGAUGGGUGGAUGCGGUGUUGGAGGUGGAGGAUCUGGAGCCGGGAAUCGCCAAGGUUCUCGAGCACAUGAAGCUGGUAGUCUCGAAAUAA